CGGCUCCUUACUUCCGCUCUGAGAAGAAUCAGGAACUAAUCCGCCCUCUCCAGCUCAGGAUAUUGGGGUUGAGCUUCCUGGGUCAGACGCUGCUGCCUGCGUUGUGAUCUGGGAGCCCAGACUGAGCAGCUGCUGCUUCCCUGGUGGGGUCUGGGCUUGGAAGUGACUUGGAGUGAAGCUUCCUCUGUGCCCAGACAAAGUGAGGACUUUCUCCAGUUGUAAUUAGCUCCAUGGGCCAGCUCUAGGCUCUGCCCACAUCAACAUCUGAGCCAGAUAUUCCAGGUGAAUGAGGAUGGUGAAUGAGACCAUGGAUCAGAAUCCUCAGCAGGAAGAUGAGGAGGAAGUGGAACCACAUGGAGUGUUACUGCAAAGAUGCAAAGAGAGUGUGUCCAGGAGUUGUGAGCAGGAAAAAGCCUGUGAGAGUCAGUACUGGCCAGAGAAGCAGCAGGGAAACCAACCAAUGCAGAAAACUGGUCAAUCUGUUAAUUAUCAGGGAAAUCAGAAACACAACAAGAAUACCAUGGCCCAGCAGGUUAUCCUCAAGGGAGAGAGAAAUAACACAUGCACUGACUGUGGGAAAAAGUUCAGUAAGCGAGCACAUCUUAUUAUCCAUCAGAGAAGCCACACAGGGGAGAAACCCUAUGAAUGCUGUGAAUGUGGGAAAACCUUCGCUCAGAGCUCAAACCUUACUACACAUAAAAGAAUCCACACAGGCGAGAAACCCUAUGAAUGCUGUGAGUGCGGGAAAUCCUUCACUGAUCACUCAACCCUUAUUAGUCAUCAGAGAAUCCACACAGGGGAGAAACCCUAUGAAUGCUGUGAGUGUGGGAAAUCCUUCUCUCGGAGCUUACACCUUAUUCAACAUCAGAGAAUCCACACAGGAGAGAAACCCUAUGAAUGCUAUGAGUGUGGGCAAACCUUCGCUCAGAGUUCACAGCUUAUUAGACAUCAGAGGAUCCACACUGGGGAGAAACCCUAUGAAUGCUGUGAAUGUGGGAAAACCUUCACGGGUAGUUCAAACCUUAUUAAUCAUCAGAGAAUCCACACAGGGGAAAAACCCUAUGAAUGCUAUGAGUGUGGGAAAACCUUCACUGAUAGCUCAACCCUUAUUAGCCACCAGAGAAUCCACACAGGGCAGAAACCCUAUAGAUGCUGUGAGUGUGGGAAAACCUUCUCUUGGAGCUCAGCUCUUAUUCAACAUCAGAGAAUCCACACAGGGGAGAAACCCUAUGAAUGCUGUGAGUGCAGGAAAACCUUUUCUCAGAGCUCAGCCCUUAUUCAACAUCAGAGAAUCCACACAGGGGAGAAACCUUACGCAUGUUGUGAGUGCGGGAAAACCUUUGCUCAGAGCUCAAAACUUAUUAGACAUCAGAGGAUCCACAGAAGAGAGUGACCCCAUGAAUUUUAUGAAUAUGGCAAGUUCUUAUAUCUGAACACAGCCUUUAUUUAUCAUUAGAGAUACUGCAAGGGAGAUAGACCAUACAAACCCCGUCUAGAGCUGAGAAAAGAUUGUUUUCCUUUCACUAAUUCCCACAUAGUGAAAUUUAAGGCAUAAUUUGCGUCCCUGUGAUCUUUCAGUUCCCCCAGAUGAGUUGUCUGCUUUUCCCUGCUGUAGCACAUCCUCCCUUGGGGAGAACCCCAGAGUCUUUAUGAUCAACUGCUUUGUUCUAUGUUGUGGAAGUGUGUCUCCCUCAAACAAGAAUGUCUGUCACCUCCAGGUGGGGGAACCAGGAGUGACCUCAACUAGGGACAUGGAGGUUUAAUGUACUUGGGCCUUGAUUCCACUAGGAUUUAGCUAGCUUCAAUUAGUGAUCUUGAUAUAAAAACAAAGUUUUUUUCAAUUAAAAAGAUAGUCCAUUUAUAGUGGUUAUGGUAAUUUAGCAAAUUUUGCGAAGACUUGACAUAACAUCCAUCACUUUUCCUAGUGUAAACAAAUUUGGUGCAUCCCAUAUAUACUUUUCCUCCCACUGCAAAGCAAUUGUUGGUCACCACAUUCCCCCACUAUGGACAGAUUGUCUGAUUCCCAGUUGUUUUCACAUUGCACUGGGUUCUGUUAAACGUUUUUGUACCAUUUUUCUCAUUUUAAAUGUAUAUAAAUAUAACAAAGAGAAGGAGCAGGAUUAGGGAUAGGAAAAUAAGUUUUUUCAACCUCCGUGACACCUGAAGAAGAAGUGGUGAGUCGCAAGGAUUCCCCCUUUCCGAAUUACUCCAGCAGUGUUUUUCUCUUUGAGCCAGAAUUUAUGUUUUCCACUUUCUACACCUCCACCUCUCACUGUGUCUUAUGAUUCAGUGUUCUCAGCCCUCUGCUUGGGAAUAACACUUAGAUUUGAUCCUAAAACAUAGUGAUUUAGGGCCUGAGAUGAAAGUGUCACAGACCUGGAAGGGGAAUUUGAAUGGAUCUCAAAUGCAGGAUAAUCAUUUGGAGUUCAAAUCUCAGUUUCCAACUAUUGGCAAAGCCUCUUCUCAGAUUUUUCCUAUUGAGAUGGAAUUGUUUGCAGAUGGAGAGGUUGUUUUUUUCCCCCAUUAUGAUGAUGCUAGAAGUUUUGUAAAUGAUACAACUCAAUAGUAACGAGUGAAGCAGGUUUCAAUGGAUCAGAAGAGAAUGUAAUGGGAGAAUCUCUUGUCUUGAUUCUGAGUCAUCACCUUUAACUUGCUCUGGAAUUUCUAGUUAUAUGAAACUGGAUGUAUCUUAUACCUCUCUCUGUUGUGGGUUUUUCCUCUUUUUUGAGGGCCAUUUGGUCCCAUAACCAGAUAUUAGUUUGACUUGCCUGACUAUAGCUCAGAUUGAUUGGGGACUUUGACAAAAUGACAAUUUAUUCAAAUAGUCUUUUCUUAUUUUAUUUUUGCUUUUCCCUGCCCCCUCCGUGAUGAGAAGGAGAAACUUCAAGUGCAGUUCAAUCAAACAGGAGAGAAUACUCCAAGCUUUUGGACAUGCUGCCAACUGUUUUUACAUCUCCCAUCUGAAAUGGUGAACAACAGCACACCCCAAAUUGUGCAACUAACUGAAAUAACUGGAUACAAUCAGAGUGUUGUUCAGCUGUUUAGGUCAAUAUUGUCUCACAUGAUUUGGGGAGAGAAGUCCACAGUAAGUGACUAGGAACUAGGCAAAAGGUACAUGUGUUUGUUUCCCAAGGCAAUUCUGACCCAGGCUCUUGUGACAGACUAUAUCCCAGUGCUCACACCCUACACACUCUUGCAGUAAUUUUAGUACAAGGCAUGGAGACAUUACACUCCAUAUCCUUUAUGAAAAUAUGCUUAUGAUAUGGAUAUGACAUAACUGAGAUAUACUUUCUGCAAGAUGGCUCAUGGAAGAUAUCAUUUGAUAGGUUAUGAUUUACUGAAUGUGAUUAUCCAAUGUGUAUGCAUGUAUCAUUUCUGUAUCUAAAGUUAGGAAUAUCAACUAUGUAAUAAUUACAACUGGGAGUGUAUUGGGAAGACACCCACCAGAUGAUAGGCCAUCAGAUUUGAUGGGCCAUUAGGAAGACACAACAAGACUAUAAAGAUACUAAUCUCUCUCCUUCCUGGGAUGUAGCUGUGACGGUGCUAGAUCAGGUGGUCUUGUCUCCUGAUACUAAACAUUAUCUUGGACUUCUUGUAACUUUCCACUACAAGGAGAAGGAGUGUCAAGUUUGGGAAGCAAAAGAUUCCUGGUUUAUGUAAAUCUUAGGGAAGGGUGGGGAGGAGGGCAAACGAGACUCUCCUCCAUUGCCUUCCCAAGAAGGAGGACUGCUGAAAGUACCUGGAGGAACAAAGGAACUGACCUGAAGGGAAAGGCAGGGGAGAGUCCAGACUGAGGCAGGGUUCUGGUCUGUAAGAAGAAAUAAUUGGGACUCUGAGCUACAGAAACUCUUCAUCCUGCCUAAUUCAACAUUUAGGGUAAGAAAUUACAUUCUGUAUCCUGUUUCUUUAGUGAAUCAAACUUAGUUUGUGUGUUUUGUUUUAUUUGCUUAGUAAUCUGCUUUGAGCUGUGUAUCUCUUAUACUCACUUAAAAUCUAUCUUUCUGUAGUUAAUAAAGUGACUGUAAGAGAUAGCAAACAGCUCAAAGCAGAUUACCUAACAAACAAGAAACUGCAAACUAAGCCUAAUAUACUAGGUAGAUAGGAUUUGAAUUAGCAAGUUCUCACCCUGACUGAUGAUACAAGCAGUCCACCAAGUUUCCAUACACAGGUUCGAAUCCCUUUAGCCUGAGACCAGCACUUCCCCCAGUUCAGUCUUUUUUCCUCAGAUGUUUCCAAGAGUUCUCUUGUGUGGGGAGUGAGGCCCAGAGAUUAUGUCACUCCUCAUUUUAUGUAGUUUUUCCAUAUGAUGGGAAUCCUUUGUUUAAAGCUAUGUUCGCAACCCAGUUUGUCGAAAAAUAUAGGUACCAAAAUGGAGCUCAGUGUCAUGUGGUCUGGUCACAUGCCCUUGCCUGCCUUGCUGAGUCAUAGCAGACAUUACUCAUAGACUGGUGCCUUCUCAGGAAGGCUAAACCCUUCCAUGCGCCAUUGUCUUUGUUGAUGAGCCAUCACCACUUGUCUAGCUUCUACAUUGUUGUGCCUGAAAGGCUAGGUCUGGAUUUUACCCAGAGUAAGCACAUUUGAAAUACAGAUACCUAGUCAAUAUUCAUAAUGCCAGAUACAAAAAUGAUACAUGCAUACAAAUAAGAUAAUCAUAUUGAGCAAAUCAUAACUUUUCCAUAGAUACCUUACCUGUACAUAUUUUGUACAAGAUGCAUUAUAACUAUGUCUUAAUCAUAUAAUGAUACCACUAUGAUGAAUAUGGGGUGCGGUGUCACAGUGGUGAAGCCUUGCAAGAGACAGGCUGUGAUCAGAAGUCAAGCUCUGCCUGCAUGCAGGCGUUCAGAAUCUGUCAAGAACAGGGAUUGUAUUGCAAAAACAUACACAUUCCUGAGAAGUGUUAGGCACAGGACAUUCACACACACACAUUCCAGAAGGAUGGUACCAGGACCCCCUGACCUCUCUUAAAGAUAUGGUCAGGAUGACAGUGUGAUGUAUAGAGAUGAUUUGAUUGAACCAACAUGUACAAGACAAAGAGUGGUUACUGACCAUGUCAGAGGGGUAGUAACUGGCUCGUCAGAGGGGCAAUAUGAAACUUGUUUGUAUCAGUGUACAAAAUAGUCUCAGAUGAAGUGUCUUUGGCCAGUCUAGGUGAAGUGGAAAGUCCCACCACUGACUGAGCUGGUCCAUUGUGAUGAGCAUACAUGUGGUAGUGGUUCCUGUAGAGUCUACAGGAUACUAGGACUGUGCUUCAUUAAUAAUAAAGUUGGCUGGGUGCUUUCACAUUCA